GUUUUCAUGUGAGGAAUCCACUAAAGAAGGAGGACUAUUUUUGGCAAACCUGUUCUUGUUUUAAAGACGCACCUCGAGAGCACAGGUGAGGAGCUGGAACCUGGAGCUGGAUAAUAGACUUUUUAGUUUGUGUGGUGUUCCAGUAACAACAUGAGCAAAACCAAGAACAAAACUGACAAUAAGACGGAAAAGGCUUUGGCUGCGGAGAAAGAGCAGUUCGGUAAACAACAGCUCCACAGCAUCAGCAAAACUCUCGUCUCUGGUGAAACACCACCCAAAGAGAAAUAUGUGCGCCAUAUCAUCAUGGGAACACACAAGGAGACCGGAGCCACCACCUUCUGGUCCUACGUCCUCAACCUGCCUCUGUCCAGCAACUCCAUGAUCAGCUGGAAGUUCUGCUACCUGCUGCACAAAGUGCUCAGAGACGGACACAGAAAUACGGUCAGAGAUUCUCACAGAUACUGCCGCAACAUUAAAGACAUGGGCAUUCUCUGGGGAAACUUGCACGAUCGAUACGGCCACAUUGUUGCCCUGUCUGCCAAAUUCCUCUGGCUCAAAAUGGAAUUUCAUGCAAAGCACAAGGUGAUCCCGGGUAACCUGGAGGCCAGCGAUGAGACGGUGGAGAGGGAGACGGGAAACGACCCGACCAAAGUGUUAGAUAUGGUACAGGAACUGAUGGAUUACUGGGACGCUGGGCUGAAGUUCGAGGAGACGGUUCUGCGUCAGAUGGACGCCAACGGCGCCAAAUCUACGACUCCAGCUGGACAGUGCAGGCUGACUCCUCUGAUACCGCUCAUCCUGGACUGCAGCUUCCUCUACCACUUCUCUGUCAUGCUGAUGUUCAAACUUCACAGCCGCAUCGCUGCAGAUGUUCUUCUUGGACAUCGAGAGCGGUUCCGAGAUCUAUUUAACAGCCUCACACAGUUCUUCAACAGAGCCAGAGAAGUGGAGUUCUUUAAAAGUCGCAUCCAGAUCCCAGAUCUCCCCGACGCUCCUCCAAACUUCCUCCGUGCCGCUGCUUGGGGUGAAUAUAAAAGGCCGGUGGUAGUGGUGACGAACGAGGAUCGUCCUGACGAAGAGGAAGUGGAGCCACGACCAGAGUUUAGGGAGGCGCCACAGUACUAUUCGCUCAACCAAACGGGAGCACCUGAUGUGUCAGUUGACCAGAGAGGAUCGGAGAAUGAGAGUCUGAAGAGAGAGCUGCAGGUGCUCAAACCAGAACUACAGCUCAUCAAGAGUGAGGCUCAUAGGUGUUUGACUGAGUUAAAGGGUCAGGUGAAUCGCCUGGAGGCCGAGCUCGAGGAGCAGCGUACCCACAAACAGAUGGCCAUGAUGGAGAAGGAACACAUGCGGAUGGAAGUGGAAGCUUUGAGGUGUGCCAACGUCGCCAACGUCGGGGCUCAGAUCGGAUUCAAGGAGGCAGACAACAGAGCUCAGGCAGCAGAGAUUCGUUUCACUCAACUCAAAGAGAGACACGCUGAGCUCAUCACCAGUCACGCUGGCUUAAUGAAGAAGAACGCAGAAACAGUGAAGUUGCUGUCGGGUUCAAAAUACGGUCAAGAUGACCUGAUGAGAAAGAAACAGCAGCUGGAAAAUGAGCUGGAAAAUCUACGACAGGAGAAAAUAAACGCGAUGAAUCAGCAGCAGCAGCAGGUUCAGCACCUGAACACAGAACUAUUGGAGCAAAGAGCAGAGCUGGCUCUCCUUCGCAGCACUCUGGAGAAUAAAGACAAGGAGGGAUCUCAUGUGAGCAGCAGCCUAAUGGCCCUGCAGGCGGAGCGAGAUGUUCUGCUUCGCUCCGUCAGAGAGAAAGAGGCCGAGGUGUCCUCGCUGAGACAGCAGGCCCAGCAGCAGCAGGGCUCCCUGGACCUGGAGAGAGACCGGCUCCUCCGAGAGCUGGAGGCUCUGAGAGCUCAGCUGCAGCAGCAGCUUGCCAUCAACGCAGAGCAGAAGUUGGAGAUCGACCGGCUGAGACGAGAGCUGGACUCGACUCGAGCUGAGCUGAAUCGUGUAAACAGCGCCCUGCACAGCAAAGAGAUGAGUGGCAGCCAGAUGAGCAGCUCACUAGCAGGGAUGCAGGCGGAGAGGGAGGCGCUGCUGCGCUCCAUGAGGGACCAGGAGGCCGAGCUGAACUCCCUCCGGCAGCAGGCUCAGCUCCACCAGAACUCCCUGGAGCAGGAGAGGCAGCGGAGCAGCAUGGAGCUGGGAAGCCUCCACUCUCAGCUACAGCAACAGGCCUGUCGUGAAGGCGAGCUGGCCCAGAAGCUGCAGGACGAGCAGUUCUGUCUGCUGCAGUGUGCCGUGGUGGAGGCUGAGGGCAUCAUACUGGACGCUGUGGCCAAACUGGACGACCCCAUUCAUGUCAGCUGCACCAGCUCACCUGAUUAUUUGGUGAAUCGGGCUGAAAUCACUCUGGGUUCUAUCGAUAAAAUGCAGCAGAGCCACGUGGUCUACCUGGGAAACAGGAACGACGCCAGCGGUUUGUUGAGAGCGGUCACCCAGUUCUCCCACCUCGCCGCUGACACCAUCGUCAACGGAGCAGCAACGUCUCACACUGCUCCGACCGACCAGGCCGACCGUUUAACUGACACCUGUCGGGACUGUGCGAAUAACUGCCUUCAGUUCUUGAAGGAUCUGAAGAUUCAGGCCAAUUUACCGAGAGCAGAUCCGUCCGCGGUGCGCCACACCGUCCAACGCAUCCUCGCUCUGGGACAGGAUCUGCGUCCUAAAGGACAGGAUGUGCUGAAGGAGGAGCUGGGAUACAUGGUGGACAAAGAGAUGAUCGCCACGUCGACCGCCAUCGAAGAGGCCGUGCUGCGAAUGGAGGAGAUACUGAGUCAGGCAAAGAGAGACACUUCUGGCGUCAAGCUGGAGGUCAACCAGAGCAUCCUGGGAUCCUGUUCAGACCUGAUGAAGGCUGUUCACAUGCUGGUGACGGCGUCUACCGACCUACAGAAAGACAUCGUGGAAGGAGGCCGGGGUGCAGCGUCUGUUACGGAGUUUUAUGCCAAAAAUUCUCGCUGGACCGAAGGACUCAUCUCUGCCUCCAAAGCUGUGGGCUGGGGCGCCACGCAGCUGCUAGACUCAGCUGACCGGGUUGUGGGUGAAAAUGGACGAUACGAGGAGCUCAUCGCUUGUUCACAUGAGAUCGCCGCGAGCACGGCUCAUCUAGUUGCUGCCUCAAAGGUGAAGGCCGACCGCAACAACAAGAAGCUGACGACGCUGAAGCACGCCUCGCGGCAUGUAAACGACAUGGCUGCUGUGGUCGUCACCUCCACCAAACACGGGCAGCAGCAGAUCUCCGACCAAGGUAUGAUGGACUUCUCUGGAUUGUCUCUGAUCAAACUGAAAACAGAGGAGAUGGAAGCUCAGGUGAAGGUGCUGCAGCUGGAGAGCCAGCUGGAGCAGGAGCGAGUCCGUCUGGGGGAGCUGAGGAAGAGGCACUACGAGCUCGACGCCUCCGGGACCGCCGCCCCUGACGCUGACACAGAGGACGGAGCCGAUAGCUUCCCACCGCCGCCGCCACCCACUCUGCUCGACUCCACGCCAGUACCUCAGUCGUACUCACAGACGCAGCCAUACCUGAACACCCAGAGCUUUGAACCAAGCAACCCGUUCGCACCGAACAAUCCGUUUGCACCGGCUCAAACGCCAACACAGUCCUUCUCGGCGCCUCAGUCGUACACACCUCAGUCGUACACACCAACACACACCUACACACAGGCCCAAAGCUACACCCCGUCUACAACCUACACCCCUUCCCAAUCCAAUGCCCCUUCCCAAUCCUACACCCCGUCUCAAACUUACACCCCGUCUCAAACCUACUCUCCGACUACAACCUACACCCCGUCUCAAACCUACACCCCGUCUCAAACCUACGCACCCUCCCAGCCUCCACCUCAGCCUUACACCCCAAACACAACCCAAACGCACUUAACCCCUCAGUCUUACUCGCCGUCACAGCCCUCGACACAAACCUCCGGCCUCCCCCGUUCUCCCUCGCCGUCUCCGCCCCAGGCGACCCCGCAGAACAACACCGAGGCCAUCAAACCGGCCACGAGGAGAUCCAACAUCUUUACCAAAUCUGGGAACUUGCUGAAGAGUGCGUUCAGACGAGGUGAAACUGGAACAGGAGAGUCUUCUUGAAGCCUGACUGAAGAAGAAUCCGAAGUUUUACUCAACAAUCACUGGAAAUAUAACUUUAAUCUGCUAAAAACACUGAUUUUAAUCUAAUUUCAUCUCUGGUUUUGUAAAAAAAAAAAAGGUUAUAGGAUCUUCACAGAAAAAUUGUUGUCAGUUAAAUUAAAAAUGAAUAUUUUCCAAUUUAUUUUUGUAAUCAU